AUGCCCCAGCAGGCUGCAGCAGAGCAGGUGAAGCCGCGAAAGCUCUCACAACCCUGCCAGAGGCGCGAUCUCAACCUACUACACAACAGAUGGCAACCCUCGCUACAACGCAGCCCUACAACUUUUGCAGAGCCGUUUAUCAACUGGCUGGAUCUCCAGGGUCUAGUACUCAUUUCCGACAUAGACUGUCCCACACAUGAAAGGGGUAACGUGUUAGACCUCAGUUUCGCCUCAAGCCCUCUGGCACUCGCAGGAGCCAAAGCUAGCAUAGCGAGCCACUUAGAUGCUACCUCAGAUCAUCAACCACUAAUUACCACUGUUCCAUGGGAUCAGAGAUACAAGGAAACAGCUCAGAAACUGAGAUUUGACACACUAGACCACACCUCCUUCCUCUCGCUCCUCGCCUCUAAUCUCGCUGGCACCGAGAGCUCAGACGCAACAGAAGAAGAUCUUGAUGCCCUUGCUGAAAAACUGACAUCUGCAAUCCAAGGAGCAUAUAGAGGCUCUGCUAAGAGGACCAUGACACAAGGCAUAGGACAACCAUGGUGGAACGAAGACUGCAAGAAAGCUUUACACAAUUACCGCUUAGGCCUCUGCUCAAAGACAGACUUCCGCAGGAUAACUAGAUGGUCUCAAUGA